AUGCCAAUAGCUGCUCAAGUUCCAGUUGAAUUUGAUAGACGAAUUACUGUUCCGCACGUCACCAGCGCACCUUGUGAAUGUCGCGGUGGAUAUGGUAGCAUUCGAGUUAAGAUCAGGCAGCAAAAACUUCGAAAAAAGCCACUUAACAGAAGUGAUGCCGAUGAAUCGAGCUCGGACGAUGACGAGGAUGGCAGUAGUGGUAGCAGUUCAUCCGGUUCAGCAACGUUUGCCAAACUAUCGGCACUUAGUGCUAGGGAAUGGAUGACGGUUUUUAUGCUUGCUACUGCAAAUCUCGGAAGUACCACUGCCUUCAGUUGUAUAGCACCGUUUUAUCCGAACGAGGCCAAACGAAAAGGACUAAAUAAUUUCGAGACGGGUAUCGUAUUUGGUAUUUUUGAGUUGGUGAUGUUCAUUGUUGCGCCAAUACUUGGAAAACGUGUAAAUAAAUUUUGUUCGUAUGUAAUGAUACCCGAUUUAUGA